UGCGCCCUCGGUCCCCUCCCCGCCCGCUGGACAGGGAGAGCCAAUGGCAGGGUCCACUGUCGCCAAGGUCCCCAUGCUGUUCCUGGUCCUUCUGCUAUUCCCAGAGCUCCAUGUAGCAGGCACCCUUGCAUCUGGAUCCUCUGCCCGGAACCUGCCUGAAUCCCAUCCCCACCUCCCCAGCUCUUCACUGUGGGUGCCUCAGGCCAGCCAUCAUGGCCGACGGGGCCUGGGCAAGAAGGACAGGGGCCCAGGCAUGCCCAGCCGGGCCCAGGAGGGGACUGUGGUCACUGCCAGUAGGCAGGCUUCCGGGAUGACACUUGGUCAGCGCCCUGCUGGCCUUCUGCAGGACAAGGAUCAACUUCUGGGGCUGGCAUUGCCCUAUCCCGAGAAGGAGCCCCGGUCUUCCGGGUGGGAGAGGAUGAGGAAACGCGGCAGAGAACACAAGAGGCGCCGGGACCGGCUGCGGCUGCACCGAGGCCGAGCCGCCAUCCGUGGCCCCAGCUCCCUGAUGAAGAAGGCGGCAGAACCCUCUGAAGACCAGCUGCUGGAGGCUGCCACAGAAGAGUCUUCCACCAGCCUGGCCCCCACCAUGCUCUUCCUAACCACAGCAGACGCUGCCGCGCCUACCACAGAAGAGUCCCGGAUCCUGCCAGUUACCUCCCUGCGACCCCAGGCACAGCCCAGGUCUGAUGGGGACGUGAUGCCCACACUGGACAUGGCCUUAUUUGACUGGACUGACUAUGAAGACUUAAAGCCAGAGGUCUGGCCUUCUGCAAAGAAGAAAGAGAAACACUGGAGUCACUUUACCAAUGACGGUAACGAGACGUCGCCAGCUGAGGGAGAACCAUGUGACCAUCACCAGGAUUGCCUGCCAGGAACUUGCUGCGACCUCCGGGAACAUCUCUGUACGCCCCACAACCGCGGCCUCAACAACAAAUGUUUUGAUGACUGCAUGUGCAUGGAAGGGUUGCGUUGCUAUGCCAAAUUCCACCGGAACCGCAGGGUCACUCGGAGGAAGGGGCGCUGCGUGGAGCCUGAGACAGUGGACGGGGACCAGGGAUCCUUCAUCAACAUCUAGCGCCCGAGUGGUGCCUCCCCACCGGCCCGGGGGUCUGAGCCAGGGAGGUCUGGACAAACAAGACCGUGUUAGUAACUAGCUCAGCUUGGGGCUGAGUCGGGGAACCAAUGGCUGAGGCUGCGGUUGCAGGCCCAGUACACUCACCCCCAAGCUGGAGGACAGCUUGGCUGAGAGCAGCUGUGCCUGCCACCCCCGGGUCAGACCCACGCAGCUCACGGAUCCUGCGCUCUGCUCUACGUGAUAGCCGUGUUGAGCGCGCCCUCUGCUGCUCGACACCAGCAUUGCAGCAGCUUCAAUUUGGAAAAUCAAGAGGUUUUGCCGAUUGGAAAGGGUUGGAAAGAGAGAGGACAAGACUGGAGUGGCUCUGGAACGCUAUGUCCCAGGCAAAUGCCAAGCACCGCGUCCAUUUUUACUGAAUUUCCACAGAGACCGUGGCAAGAGACCACUGAAGCACUAAACUGCAAGACUUGUGUAAGGUCCCACCUCAUCCAUGAUCCUCCAUCUUUGGCCACAGAUACACCAUGACUGUCUUCCGCCUUUCCCAACAGAGGCUUAUCAUUUUUUUUUUUUUUUUUUGAAAGACAGAGUCUCAUUCUUUGGCCAAACUGGCCUUUGGAAACUUAGACAAUCCUCCUGCCUCAGUCUUCCAAAUGCUGGGAUUACCAGGCGUGGGUCAGCAUAUUUGGCAGGUGUAUUAUCCUUAAAAACAAAGCAUAAGGAGUGGGGUGUGGCUGAGUUUGUAACGUGCUCACCUCAGACUCAUGAACCCUGGGUUUCCAUCCCAAGCAUGCCGUCAAAGGCGGGUAUGGCAGGAAGAUGAGAAGUUAAAGGUCAUCCUUAGGCGACAUAACAAUGUGAGACCAGACUACAGGAGACUAUCUCAAGCAAAACAAAAUAAGCCAUUUGCCUAGUCUACACAGGGCCCUGGGUUUGAUCCCCAUUCAUUCUCCUCCAUUCCCACUUCUUCCCCCCAGCCCCCUACACACAGGGGCUGCUUCCCCGUGAAGAAUGAUCCCCGUGGAUGGGUCCCGUCCUUCCAUGUGUCAGGAGCUAAUCACAGUCAUGAAGUGACUGAGGGAAACUAACUUUCCUGUUGUGCCCAUGGCCCUGGUCAUCCAGCCCUGGAACACUGGGUCACUCCUUCCUAAAUUGUCCUCAGAGCUUCGACCUUGCUGGAAAGACACCUGUACUUGUCUCACCAUAUGUUCACAGUGUUUGGUGAUCCCCAACCUUCCCGAGACCAUCUCUGAACCCCUCCUCUUCACCUCAGCAGCAAUGCCCCUUGGAAAGUGGGGCCACCUCAGAGACUGGUGCAGCUUUCAUGCUCACAGGCUAGAACCACGAUGAUAACCUCACCAUUAUCGUCACCAGCCGGAAUAUGUGUCCUGGCAGAUCUGGUUCUGGGAGCCACCUCAGGAGAACCCUUUAGAUUCCUGUACCUGGCGUCUCCCUCCUGGUCAACUUUGGCAAAGGAAAAAAGCCUUCACUGCCCAGCCCUCCCCAGCCUGGACCACAUCCAUGGGAUGCCAGAGCUGUUGACGGCCUUGGGGUAACCAGUCUGGUCCAGGGGUCAGACACCAAGGAAAACAGGCAGAUCUAGAAGAAAUCAAA